GAUAGAAAAAAAGAGCACAGUCUCUCUCCUCUCCAGGACCCCUUCUUUGGAUUUGCAGAGUACAUAUUGAUUUCCCGACUUCUCCUCUCUCUCUCUCUCUCUCUCCAAACGCCUACACGGUCCCGCCCAAAGACGGAAUCUUUGCUUCGUUAACCGAGAAGAAAAUGGCUCUAAGAGCACCCAUAGCAGGAAUGAGCACAGCUUCAACUCUUUCCGCUCCGUCAUGUAACAAUAAGGGGAUAGUGGUUGUGAAGCCAUCUUCUUUGGGAACUUCCUUUUUUGGUCGUAGAGCUGGAGCUUUAAAACUUGCAGUUGCAGUUGGACAGCGUCCUCAUUCCAACAGAUUCACCUCUGGUGCCCUUGUUGUUCGCAGUAAUCUCUUUGACAGAUUUGCCAGAGUAGUCAAGUCUUAUGCUAAUGCCGUCAUUAGUUCCUUUGAAGACCCAGAGAAGAUCCUGGAGCAAACUGUGCUAGAAAUGAACAAUGAUUUGAUCAAAAUGCGCCAAGCUACAGCACAGGUCUUGGCUUCACAGAAGCAGUUGGAAAACAAAUACAAAGCUGCACAACAAGCUUCUGAGGACUGGUAUCGUAGAGCACAGCUUGCUCUUGGAAAGGGAGAUGAGGAUCUUGCACGUGAAGCUCUGAAACGUAGAAAAUCUUAUGCUGAUAAUGCAAAUGCAUUGAAGGCUCAGCUUGAUCAGCAGAAGGGUGUGGUUGAGAAUCUGAUCAGCAAUACACGGCUUUUAGAGAGCAAGAUACAGGAAGCAAAAUCAAAAAAGGAUACAUUAAAAGCACGUGCUCAGUCUGCUAAGACUGCAACCAAAGUAUCUGAGAUGCUGGGAAAUGUGAAUACAAGCAGUGCCCUUUCAGCCUUUGAAAGAAUGGAGGAAAAAGUCCUGGCCAUGGAGUCUCAAGCAGAUGCUCUUAACCAACUAACAAGUGAUGAGCUCGAAGGAAAGUUUGCAUUGUUGGAGAGCUCUUCUGUUGACAGUGAUCUUGCUGAUCUAAAGAAAGAAUUGUCCGGAAGCUCCAAGAAAGGUGAGCUUCCACCGGGCAGAACGCCCGUUGCUAGAACGGGCUCGCUGCAGUUUCAAGAUGCAGAGAUUGAGAAAGAACUGAAUGAAUUACGGAGGAGGGCCAACGAUCUAUAGGGAUCACGGGUGAUCUUGAAUCAUUUUUCAGACUCUUACACUGCCAGAGAUAGUUUAUGUGCAACAAAGAAUUGCCAUAUGAAGAGGCAAAAGCAUAAACAAAAUGUUGAUCCUGCCUCGUAUGGUCAAAUUAUAAUCUUAUUGUUUCUUUUUUUCACUUUGUAUAUGGAUACAAGUGCAGCCUGGAAGUCCUUAUGGGUUAUUGUAGUGUUGUAAUUUGUAAAUGAAAUGGAUCACCUUCAACUAGAAUCAGAUAAUUCAAACUUGUCUGUGUUGGUGAGGUUUUGUUU